AGGGUUUUGCAGAGGGUUUUAAUCCGGCCACCGCCUCUCAAAAGUGUGAUUUCCUUCUACUGUUCUCUCGUUUUUCUUCGCCUCUGUCGUUGUUCCAUACACGCUCAUAGAUGGCUUUUAGUGAGGAUCUUGUGGAAGACGAUGAGAUAAACAUGCUUGAGGAGGAAGCAUCUGACUCUGAAGCGGAGUCACAGUCAGAUUCGGACUCUGAGGAAGAGAUGACCGUGAAGUUGUCCGAGCCUUCAAAGAAUGCUGUUUAUAACAGAGAUGGGCUCCUCGAUAAACUUCAAGACAUGAGCUGGCCGGAGAACGUAGACUGGAUUCAUAAGUUGACAGUUGACAUCGAUCAGGGACAAGAGGUGGAUGUAAAUGAUGACCUUGCGAGGGAGCUUGCUUUCUACACCCAAGCCCUUGAAGGGACAAGACAUGCUUUUGACAAACUUCAGGGGAUGGGCUUGCCUUUCCUCAGGCCAUCUGAUUAUUAUGCUGAGAUGGUGAAAUCAGAUACCCACAUGGAGAAAGUGAAGGCUCGUCUUCUGCACGAGAAGAAAGAGAUCGAGGAGGCGGAAGAGAGGAGGAAGGCAAGGGAGAACAAGAGAUUGGCCAAGGAAAUACAAGCUCAGAAGCUGAAGGAAAGGGCCAAGCAGAAGAAGGAAGAUAUUGAGUCUGUCAAGAAAUGGAGGAAACAGAGGCAACAGAGUGGCUUUGCCGAUAAAGAGGGUGAGCUCGACUUGGAUUUCGAAAAUGGCAAAGGCUUCGAGAGGUCUGGUAAGAAAAGGCCGGGUGUGUCCCCGGGGGAUAGAUCGGGUGGAAAGGGCAGGCAAGGGAAGAACGGUAAGAAACGGGAGUUUCGAAAUUCCAAGUUUGGAUUUGGAGGCAGAAAGGGGAUGCAAAAGCAGAACACUGCAGACACAACCAACGAUAUCAAAAGUUUCGGAGGAGGAAAGGCAAAAGCAAACAAGAAACAGAGGAGAUGAACGGAGUUUCAGUCCAUGGUUUCCAGGUUUGAUCAUCAAAAUGUCUUGAAUCAUGUUUUCAUUCGGCACUUUAGCAGGUUAUGUAAAACCCUGUCCUUGGAGUGAAGGGUUUCUUAAUGAUUACUUGAAAUUGAAUUAUCAAAGACCAGAUUUUAGCUGGCGAAAAAGUUUUGUUUCCCUAUAAUUAUCCGAUUAGUAUUUUUUUUUU